GACCUCCUCAAGCACACCCCGGCCGACCACCCCGACUACCCGCUGCUCCAGGACGCCCUCCGCAUCUCACAGAACUUCCUCUCCAGCAUCAAUGAGGACAUCGAUCCCCGGAGAACAGCGGUCACCACCCCCAAGGGGGAGACCCGGCAGCUUGUCAAGGAUGGCUUCUUGGUGGAGCUGUCAGAGGGCUCGCGGAAGCUGCGGCACGUCUUCCUCUUCACCGACGUGCUGCUCUGUGCCAAGCUGAAGAAGGCGGCGGCGGGGAAGCACCAGCAGUACGACUGCAAGUGGUACGUGCCCCUGGCCGACCUGGUAUUCCCAUCACCGGAGGAGUCGGAGCACUGCCCGCAGGUCCACGUCAUCCCCGACCACGAGCUGGAGGACAUGAAGAUGAAGAUCUCGGCCAUCAAGAGCGAGGUGCAGAAGGAGAAAGCCAACAAGGGACAGAGCCGGGCCAUCGAGCGCCUCAAGAAGAAGAUGUUUGAGAACGAAUUCUGGCUGCUCCUCAACUCGCCCGCCAUCCCAUUCCGCAUCCACAACCGCAACGGGAAGAGCUACCUCUUCCUGCUGUCGUCCGACUAUGAGAGGUCCGAGUGGAGGGAGGCCAUUCAGAAACUACAGAAAAAGGACCUCCAGGCCUUCGUCCUGAGCUCGCUGGAACUGCAGGUGCUCACAGGAUCCUGCUUCAAGCUACGCACCGUCCACAACAUCCCGGUCACCAGCAACAAGGACGACGAUGAGUCCCCCGGGCUCUACGGGUUCCUGCACGUCAUCGUCCACUCCGCCAAGGGCUUCAAGCAGUCUGCCAACCUUUACUGCACGCUGGAGGUGGACUCCUUCGGCUACUUCGUCAGCAAAGCCAAGACCAGAGUUUUUCGGGACACCACUGAGCCACAGUGGAAUGAGGAGUUUGAGAUCGAGCUGGAGGGCUCCCAGUCCCUGCGCAUCCUCUGCUACGAGAAGUGCUACGACAAGACCAAGCUCAACAAGGACAACAACGAAAUUGUGGACAAGAUCAUGGGCAAGGGGCAGAUCCAG